AGUCACUGCCCACUUGGUGUAUAUGUAAUGCCCUCUUCAGACAACCUUAAUGUCUGGUACGGUGUAAUAUUUGUGCACAAGGGAUUCUACCGAUCUGGAGUCUUCAAGUUUCGCAUGACAAUUCCUGAGAGUUAUCCAAAUCUUCCACCUUCGGUCACAUUUUUGACCGAAAUGUUUCAUCCUCUGGUGGAUGCCCACGGAAAUGUAUCAAUGUCCCAACAGUUUCCAACCUGGAGACCCUAUCAGGAUUAUAUUUUACAUGUCUUGCAUUAUCUAAAGAAUAUGUUCAAGAAAGCGGUUCUGGAUGGUCUAUUGGAUAAGCAUUGUUUCAAUAAAGAAGCUUAUCGCUUAUACCGAACAGAUGUGGGUGUGUUUGGAAAGUUGGCUCAACAAUGUGCGCAGUUGUCAAUCACGGAAUCGUUUCUGUUUGAU